AGAGCCGCGUUUGCUUGCAGGUCGCGUAGCGUACCGGUUUCAAGAUUAGAAGAAGCGUUCAAACGACGCGUAGCUGGAUCGGUAUCGUCAGCCUGGGUGGCGCUGGCGUACUCAAUUACAAUUGCAUUAAAUGCCGGAAUAACCUAGCGCCGGCCAGCGUUGUACCGCGUUGUAUUUGAAUGAAAAAUGGAUCAAUAUAUGGGGUUGUGGAUAAAGGUGGAAAUAGUGGAUUGAAAAUGAUGUACUUGGUGUUAUUUUUAGUAACGGUGUGUCUGCUGCUGCUUUAUGCCACUUAAGGGGAUACCGGGAGGGAUCUAUUGGAAAGCACCGACAGAGUGGAACCUUUGCAAGCAUUCGUACAUUGUUACAGCAUCCACGAUCGAAUCAACGUCGACGCGAUUAUCGACAUUGACUUCUAGCCCCAUUGUUAGCCAUCGUUUUAACUUUAAGGCUGCACUGCAGCAACAGCUACAUACAUACUUACUGUACAUUUGUAGUACCUCUCGCCAUCAAGGUUCGCCUUUACGUAAGGAAACCUGCACAGUCGCACUUCAACUCUCUUCGCCCAUCUGUCCUCCCUCACCUCCCUCAUCAACUCUACAAAUACCAACCAACACCAAAAAAAUAAAAUAAAAGCCUACGAUGACCUCCAACCAACCAGCCCAACCCCAACCCUCCAUCCUCGCCAUGCCCGACGGCCUGAACCCCGACACGCUGGACACCCUCACCGAGCUCGCCGUACUCCUCAACCGCCUGCGCAUCCCCACCACCUCCACAGCCAGCACCAGCGGCGCGACUCCCGCCGCCGCUCCCACACCCUCCCAACCACCUCCCCCCCCACCACCGCCAGCAACAGCCACCUCCUCGCAGUCCUACUCGCACGCGCACCCGCAGCGGCAAUUCCAAUCCCACUCCCACUCCCACUCCCAAACCACCAUCCACGCCAGCAACGCCGCGGGCGAGCUCUCGCUCAAGGAAAUCGCGCCCGCCGCCGACGUCCUCAAGCACCGGUUCCAGCGCGCCCACGCGCAGGUGAAGAGCCUGCCGGACGUGGGGCGCGACAUCCCCGAGCAGGAGGCCGAGAUCGCGGAGCUGGAGGCCCGGCUGGGGAGGCAGCGCGACAUGUUGGCUCGCUUGUGCGAGAUGGGCGCGCGGUUGGCGGCUGCGGGGCAGGAUGAAGGGGGGGAGAGGGAUAGGAUGGUUGUGGAUUAGGUGGGGGUGGUGAAGGAAUGAAAUAUGUAGGAAAGGGGCAGGAGCGCGGCCGAUAUGAGAAUAUGAGCACCCACGCGGCAUCAGGCAUCUGUCAUACAGUUGCAUUUACAUGGAGUUUCGGUAUUCAGGACAUGAUACCACCGACGAUGGCUCACGAGCAGUCAUGCAGGAAAGGGCAUCAAUUUCGGCGUAUAUUACAAAACUAACAUUUGUGAUACGGAGUACAAGAAAUAAAAGGGUCUACUGACGCUGCUCUAAAUCAUCAAUAUUUGGGACCCCUACUUUCCGUAA